AUGGGUAACGGCAUCUUCGGAGGACGCAAUGACGAUGAGGAGGAGGAAGCUGCGGAACAGAAGGCUUUGGGAAAAUGGAGACCUGAACUUAUCGGGCACGGAGCCGUGACUGUCAAGAAAAAGUCGCAAGCCACGGGAGAGGACCGUGACUUGGCCGUGAGCAUCGAUAGCGACGACCAGGGGUCGGACUCUUCUGUCAGCCAGAUGGAGGAGGAGAAGGAAGUGGUUCGUGCCGAAGUGGAAGCAGAGGAUGAAAUACACGAGGACAAAGCCUCCCAGCACGAAGGGUCCCACAGAGAGGCAGCCGGAUCGGAUAGUGAGGAUGGCUUUGAUCCCGAAGAAGAGGCAGCUACCAAGAGAGAUGAGGCUCGCAGGAGAAAGAAGAUCAUUGUGCGCAUGGAAUUCGAGCCACUCCUCUCUCUUCACGAGCCUCUUGGUGCCACGGUGGAGGAGCCGGCUGAGAUCUUCUCGGUUGGAAAAGGAGGAAAGCGGAACAAGCGUCUUGAGGAGGCAGCCCUGGAAGAUGCGAAUGUCACCUACCGGGCCAAGUCCAAGGCCGCUGCGGAGCGGCUCAUGGAAAUGGGGUUGGAGGAGUGCUCGCUGGCAGAGCUUGCUAUCGGCGAGGACCCAAACGAACUGCGCUUUGCGCUGGAGCAGAGUAAACGAUUCGUCGUGGAUGAUGACUUGUGGGUGGAGAAAACCCUGGUUCAAAAAGUUAUGGAUGUCAUGGAAACUGAUGAUGAUAUCGUGCCCAUGACAAGAGUUCUCAACAAGCUCGGAGAGUCAUCAGAGGCAGCUGUUCGACUGGCUGUUCGGGAUUCUUUGGGAGAGUUGAAGAUCAGGUUCGCAAAUGACAUAGAGCAUAUCGAGCGGGUGGAUCCGGAGGAGGAGCAGCGAGCCAAGCGCGAGCAGGAGAAAGUCCAGAGGGCGAAGGAGAAGAUGGAAAAAAAGAAGGAGUUGCAGAAGCGAAGUCGGCGAAAGAGAGGCAAGAAGGGGGAGGAGGAGCAAGAAGCGGAGUCGGAGUCUUCUGAUGAGGAUGGUGGCCCUGAAGACGUGGCGGACAAGAAAGCCUUGGCAUUUCGAAGGCUCCAGGUGCAGAUCAAAAUUGAAGAGUUCCUGAAGGCUUACACUCGAGGUCAGAACCUGGUCAAAAUCAACGCCAAAGGAAGGAGGUACGCCAGGCGCGUCUACGUUGACACUUCCAAGAGAGCGCUUGUCAUCCAGGGAGCAAAUGGUCCGAAGUUUUUUCCGUUUGCUUCCAUGAAGGAAGUGGACCUUGAAACGCGCACCACGAAGGAGGGUCGCGUGGAAACCAUCGUCAUCUGCGCCAUCGAGAAGGAUGGCAGGAUCGUCAAGGAGCUGACGCUUGCCUUCCCGGAUCAGUCUAAAGCGCCGUUCUCGGUCGAAGUUGUUGUGGGGUCAGAUGUUAGUCCCCAGCCAGCACGAGUCACGAGGUCUAGCUUGUACCGCGAGGACGACUUCGAGCUGGGCCACAGCCAGGUCUGGGGAUCAUGGUACGACACUGUUGCAGAGCAGUGGGGCUACGCGUGCUGCCGAAAGCUGAAUCGCUCUGAGCGAUGCACUGAGGGAACUGCUCAAGCAGUGCAGGAGCUUGAGGAAGGAGGUGAUCUCGAAGCCGGUGCUCCUGCUUGCCUUGAUGACCUCCAGCCCCGUAGCUCCUUCGAAGAGGCUGAGCUCUUUGCGCUCCGAUGGCUGCAAGCUGUUCUGCGAGAGUGGCGUCGUCAACCCGACGCUUCCGCCCGCUUUGGACGGGUCCAGCUGGAAGAGGCCGAGCGGAGUCUGGCACCCUUGCUGCAGACGCUGCAGGCAAGUUGUCGAAGUUUUUGGAAAGGUGAGGAAGUGCAUGUCUGGAGUGUUGGGCACAACAAGUGGAUCAAAAACGGGAGGGUCCUGGGCGUGAAGGAGACAUCUGAAGGAGGCCGGGCUGUUGGCUCAGUGCUUGUCAGCUUCGAGGCUGACAGCAAGCCUUCCAGGAAAUGGGUCUCUCCGGCCAACACCGCAUCUGUUCUGCGAAAGGCAGCGCAGGUGAAGGUGUUGCGAGAAGACCUGGACAAGAUCGCUCGAAUUGCUGCCCUCUGUGCAGAUCGGGAAUAUCAUGCAGCUAGCCAGGCGUACCUCGAGUUGACGGUCGGUCAUGGGCGAUGGCAUGAAGAUCUCUCCGUUAAAGGCAUCACUGGUUGUGCGAAGGCCCCAAGAAAUGGCUUCAAGGUCAAGAAAGAUUCGGACGGACUCCUGGAGUCUGUCGAAGGAAUGCAAUACAUGCUGUGUUUUGCAACGCCACCUUGUGCUGGGCGACGUGUGUGA